CUCCUCCUCCUCCUCCUCCUUCUUCUCCUCCUCCUCCUCCUGCUCGGCUUCUCCCGUGCUCGCCUCGCCUCGGGGUGGUGGUGGUGGCGGCGGCCGGGCCAUGGUGCGUCGCGCCCGGCUGGCGCUGGUGGCGGCGGCGCUGGUGGCGCUGGGGGCGCCGUGCGGGCAGGGGGCGCGGGCGCUGGAGUGGUACACGGCGUGGGUGAGCACGGCCUACGUGGAGCCGCUCAGCAACCGCACGGUGCGGGGCAACACCGAGAGCGGCCGCUACGGCGACAGCUCGCCCAAGGAGAGCGCCCAGGGCUUGGUGGGCAUCCCCCGCGGCGCCUCGCCCCGCCACAUGGAGGGCUGCGCCGCCGACACCGACUACGACGUGCCCCUGCCGCCCGGCGGCCGCCCGGCCCCCGAGGGGGAGCCGCCGGCCUGGAUCGCGCUGGUGGCCCGCGGCGGCUGCACCUUCAAGGACAAGAUCACCAACGCGGCGAGGAAGCGGGCGGCGGCCGUGGUCAUCUACAACGAGGCCCGCUUCGGCAACAGCACCGUCUCCAUGUCCCACCUGGGAACAGGAAACACAGUGGUGAUAAUGGUUGGUUAUCCAAAAGGCAUCGAGAUACUGGAGCCAGUACGAAGAGGCAUCCCGGUGAAAAUGACGAUUGUCGUUGGCACGCGUCACGUGCAGGAAUACAUCAGCGGUCAGUCGGUUGUGUUCGUCGCCAUCGCCUUCAUCACCAUGAUGAUUAUAUCGCUUGCCUGGCUCAUAUUUUACUACAUACAACGUUUCCUGUAUACGGGAUCACAAUUUGGAAACCAGGGACAUAGGAAAGAAACCAAGAAAGCAAUCAGCCAGCUUCAGCUGCAUACUGUGAAACGUGGAGACAAGGGUUUAGAUGUUGAUGUGGAAAACUGUGCUGUGUGCAUCGAGAACUAUAAACUGAAAGAUACUGUUCGAAUUCUGCCAUGCAAGCACAUCUUCCAUAGAACGUGCAUUGACCCUUGGCUUUUGGACCACCGAACUUGUCCAAUGUGUAAACUAGAUGUUAUCAAAGCUUUGGGAUACUGGGGGGACUCUGAAGACCCACUUGAAGUUCCAAUACCUGAAUCAAUAAGUGGCAGUGUUUCAGUUGGAAGCCUGAGUAUCGCUCUACAAGAAGACGACAGAAAUGAAGUGAGUGAAUUGUCAGCUUCUUCCACCAGUGAAUCUGUGUUGCAGUGUACCAGUCUAAAAGAGGAUGCAGGCGAAACCACAGCAUUACUUGAUGUGGAUGUCAGUAAUAACCGACAUGGAGAGCAUCUAUCUAAUGGAAAUUCCCACUGAACUGCUUCACAGAAGAUACCUUGAAUAGACUGUUGAAGAACUAUUAUUUUUUAUUUAAGUAGUAUGAACUCGUCUGGUUAAUGGAAAAAUAACAAUGUAAAUUAUUUUACCUUUCAAACUUUUCUAGCUGGUGUUCCAAAAGGGCUAAUAACUAAGAAUUUUGUACACAAGAGGAUUUUAUAAAACUUCCUCUGGAUGUCUCAUCCUAUGAAAAGAUGCAAUAACCCUUUUUCUGUAAGCAUUAUUACAAUGUCGUUGUGUUCCAGAGGGCUGUAACAAAGUUGAAGACUAGGCAGUGAAACAAUGUAGAACGUCUAAUGGAUAAAUAGUUUGGAAGCACUAUUCAUGAUCCAUAUGUGUAUAUAUGGAGAACACUUACAAGGCUACAACUAUUAAAAUGUUCUGAAAGUCCUGUUGUAAUUGGAGAUGGAUAUACGUAAAAGACACAAUCUAACCUUUGAAGGAAUCAAAUAACUUCAUGGAUAUGUUACAUAUCCUCUUUGGUGAUGGAAAAAAUCACCAGUUGCAACUUUCCUUACGUGUAACAAAUACUAAUUUGAUCUUGUAAUGUGUUCCACUCCGAGUGGAUGCUGAGAAAAGGAGACUUUCUCCACCUCGCUAGCUUUUGAUACUGAAUUUGGCAGUAACAGGUUAUGCAAGGUGGUCUUCACGUGCUGAGCAUGUAGACUUGUUUCGGUAUAUGCACACUGGUUACCUCUUUCAGUCUUAAACUCAGUAGAACAGAGGUGAAGGGCUAACUAUGGCUAAAAUAUUUAUUAGUCUAUUUAUAAAAUUUUACUUAAUUCCUUCUUAUUCCUGCACCCAUCCUGUCCCACUUUAUGUAAGAAAUUGGAACUGUUUCUUAGAGUAUACAAGGUUUGAAUUUUUUUUUUCUUUGCAUAGAGACGCUAGAAAUCUUCUCCUGGAGACUCCAUGGUAGGAGUUUCCGCUGGGUUCAUCACUCGCUUUUAUUCCUUUCUUUUAGAUUAGCAGUAUUGUGCCUUAUAGCAAAACACCUACGAAACCUGAAGCAUCUGAGAGUGAAUAUAAACCCUGGCAUCUCCCAUUAUGACCUCUUAUUCAAAUAUUUAUAUACUGUAAGUGGUAUAAGGAAUUGCUAAACUGUUUUGUAAAGAAAUAUGUAUAUUUAAGACACUACUUAACUAAGAGUGUUAAACGAAUUGUUUAGGAUUUUAGCAUUGUCAUGUUAUAAAUGUGCUCUGUUCUUCAGUUUGUUUUGGUAAAGCUGUUAUUACAGGUUGCUUAAAACAAGGUCUCUUACUAGACAUUUGUUUUAGAGUGUAUUUUGUUUUUAAAAUGUAUAUUUGGAAUGUUUUUAAGAAAAUAUGCAAUUCUUUUUCUAACUUAUAUUGAGCUUCAGUAGAAGCAAUAACUUUUUUUUUAAUUUUAGAAUGAAUGUUCCAGAAAUGAGAGGUUUCAGCUGGGGAAAUAUAAUCUAAACUUCUACUUUGCAGAGCAGACGUUUCAUCCUAAAUUUCCUUUUGAAAUAUUCUUCCUAAUGCCUACUUAAAUAAAUCUGCCUCUUCCCUGUAGGAGUGUAACUUUUAGGUUUACUGGAAAAUUGUCAGGUUGUAGUUCUGAUGUCACCAGCAGGUGCAAGUUUCUGUGAUGCCUUUAUCUUACAAGAAGCACACGAGAAUGGAAUAUGACUGACCAAGCAUCUCCAACACUGAACAAAUAAAAAACAACCCACAACUAAAACAAUGUAUAGGGACGCUUGUCUCCAAAAGAAGCCUACCAACAUUUCCAGAACUGCCUUUUUAACUAUCUCUUCAAUAUUAAAAACUAAGUCUUCUCCCUCUUCCUUAACACAAAACUGAACAUUGAUUUUUAGUAAACGUUGAGAGGGUUUAAACUCUAGCUCAAGGAGGAACCAAAACGAGUUAUCGAGAGAAGUCUUGUCAAUCUGUGGAUUGUGUCUUGCUGAUACCUGCAGUGCAAUAUUCAUGCUGGAGGGGAGAACUGUGGUGGUAUGUGAAGAUUAAACAUGCACAAAUCAAGCUGGAGGCUUUUGUUUUUGUUCAGUAUGGGUCCUGAUCUCUCUCCUCAGAUAUCCUGCUGUAUUGCGAAACUUGGUUUGAGAAAGUUUAAAAGUAGAAUGUCUCUAUAAUUGCAUGUGUUUGUGUGAAGAAUGCAUUGCCUGGAAACUGUCCGUUAUGCUUCCACUGGGCCUGAAGCUAGUUUUCACCACCUGAAACAUGGUAAUGAUACUGUAUUUUUAAACGAGCAUAUCCUUCUGAAUUGAGAACAGCAAAUUAAUGAGUUUCCAUCAUUUCAUUAGUCUGAGGCUUAAGUCCAAACUCUGUAUUCUCUUCUGCUUAAACAAAACUGCAAAUAACCUCUUGAACUUGCUAGUCUCUGUCAACAACUAUUCACCAUCAACUCUUACGGUAACCUUGUACUAACUCGGUUGCAUUGAUUGCAUCAAGCACUGAACUCCUCUUUCCAUUGUGUAUGUACAAGUGUAAGGAUGUCAAGUUAUGCAUUGUUGAUGUAACUUAAUGGCUAAAAGCUCAAUUUCCAUAAUAAAUUAUACAGACCUUUUAAAAAGCAA